UUUAACUGCGUGUCAGAAAUGCCCCCUUCUAUUAAGUGGUGCAUCAGGCGGGCUGUCUGCUUGUCCUUUAUUCUUGCACUGAUCCCCAGGACCAGAGGAUCGACGCUGAAUUGUCACAAAAUGUGCAUAUGCGCCAGUAACAUUGUCAGCUGCUCCAAGAUGAACCUGACGAUGAUUCCAUCCGACCUGCCCAGCUACACAGCCGUGCUUGACAUUAGUUUUAAUGAGAUAACUGGACUACGCGCACAAUGGACCAAGCACAAACUCCCUGAACUCCACAACCUCUUGCUCAGCCACAACGGUUUGUCGUUCCUCUCUUCGGAGGCGUUCGUAUUCGUAAAGCAACUGCGCUACUUGGAUCUGUCGUCUAAUAAUCUGCGACAGCUAGACGAGUUCAUUUUCGAGCCACUGAUACAUCUGGAGGUUCUGCUGCUCUACAACAAUCACAUCUCGCAGAUCGACCGCACGGCCUUCUUGGGCCUCAGCAGCCUGCAGAAACUCUACCUGAGCCAGAACCAGGUGUCCCGCUUCCCCCUGGAGCUCGUCAAGGACAAGAACCGACUGGACAAGCUAAGCCUGUUGGACUUGUCUUCCAAUCGGAUCAAAGUUCUCCCCAUUCAUGACCUCCAGGUGCUGCCAGCCUGGCUCAAGAACGGGCUGUACUUUCACAACAACACCCUCAUCUGCGACUGCGAGCUGUACAGUUUGAUGGCUCACUGGUAUAUCCGAAGACUCAAUUCUGCACUGGACUUCAAGGACGACCACACCUGCGUGCAUCCCGGCCCGGAUAAACGGGUGCUGCGUUUGUUCGAUCUCAACACUCAUAUGAACUGCAGCACGUUUAAAGAAACCGUCGAAGAAGCUUAUUUGGAGCAGACGCUCAUCCUUGGCUGUGACACCCGGCAUCGGGACAUGUUAAAGACCUGGAUGCUACCUGGAAAUGUAGUGUUAUCUCCUGGCAAUAACCACAGCGCUGUGGUUCUCCCAGACGGCAGCCUAGAGAUAAAAUCGAUACGACCUGAGGACUCAGGUGUGUACACUUGCUUCGCCGUGAGUGAAUACCUCAACGAAACGCUCUACGUGGUGGUCAAAGUCUACAACUUCACCCUCAGUGGAAACGGUGAAGGCCUCAACACUGCUUACACCACUUUGGUGGGCUGCUUGGCUAGCGUGGUCCUGGUUCUUAUCUAUCUGUACCUGACGCCCUGUCGCUGCUUCUGCUGUCCCGACCAGGGUAAAUCAAAGAACAAUCAUGAAGACAGUAUCCACUCCUCCAUGCUCAGCGUCACCCCCACCCAUGACGAUAUGGCAACCAAAGCAGAGCUCAACAGGCAUGUGGCCUUCAUAGACCCAAAGGACCUUCAGGGACAGAACGGAAAAGUGAAUCCUAAUGGAGAGGAAGAGGUAGAUGAGGAGGCCAUGCAAGGAAAAGGAAAGCGGAAGAAAUCGGUGGCAGACUCAAUUAGUUCGGUCUUUUCUGAUACUCCCAUUGUAGUCUGAGGGAGGAUGUGUAUUUUUGGCUGGAGACAGUUCAUAGUUGUGACUUUCUCGGACAAAGAGACUGAAGUACAGUUUGCCAUCCUCAGAGUUUGGCUGUUUCUGCAAAACCUUUCCAGCAUUUUAAUCUGUAGCACUUAAGUAUAUACUGUGAAAAGGUCUCGCCAUAUUAGUGGAAUCUAAACCUGGAGUGUUUAGAUGUUUCUGUGAGUUUAGGCCGACUAAGUGUGACUAGACAUAGUCUUGGUAAACAUCACAUGCAAUCUGCAAUUUCUCAAUGAUCAAGCUAGGAAGCUAGAUUGAGAAACAUUACAACAUUAAUACAUCCACUAUAUAAUCACGUCAUAAGCAUGAGCUUUGCAGACUGCUAAUGUCAAGAAGAAUAUAGCAUAGAAUGAAACCCUUGUAGCUAAUCAUAUUUACCACCUUUUAUGCUAACUGACUGACCUUACCACUUUAUGUAAGCCAUACGCAGUUGGUCAUUGCAGGGGGAAAGCAAUACACUAUUGCAUUUGAUUGUACAGUCACAAGAAAAAGAUGGAAAAGUAUCUGUCUCUAUGGAACAUUGUUAGUGUUUUUUGAAUGAAAGAGUUGACUGAAUCAGUUCCCUGUGUAAACAGGAAACACCCAUAUGAUAAUACUUAUAUAAUUAGAUAACUAAUUACUGAUAUAUUGCUAUGGAAAAAUAAAAUCCUUGUCAAACUGGAUUAGCUGGUUGAAUCUAGACUCUUUCCAUCCAAUUUCAUUAA